UGCCUGUUGGCUUAGAUCACGCAGCUCAUAAACCCCGAGCUGACCUACGAUGUGAACGUUUCCAACCUUUGACAAAGCACAAUUUCCAGCCAUGGCAGACUUCAAUAAAGAUUGGCGGCGCGAAGAAGAUGAUGAUGAGGAGCAAGAACUCGAUGAGACGAGUUACAAGGCUCAGAAGGAUGCCAUCUUGCUGGCAAUUGAUGUGAGCAAGUCCAUGUUGGAGCCGCCGCCGCACUCGGAUUCCAAGAAGGCAGAUCGAGACAGUCCGGUACAGGCCGCAUUGAAAUGCGCAUACCAUUUGAUGGAGCAGCGCAUCAUCUCCAACCCCAAAGACAUGAUGGGUAUUCUCCUGUUUGGCACCGAGAAGUCCAAGUUCCAGGAUACCGAAGAUGGCCGAAGUGGCUUGGGCUACCCUCACUGCUACCUGUUCACCGACCUUGAUGUGCCUGCGGCAGAUGACGUCAAAGCACUCAAGUCUCUGGUUGAGGAAGGGGAGGACGAUGAUGAGGUGCUGACUCCCUCAAAUGAGGCUGUCAGCAUGUCCAACGUCCUUUUUUGCGCGAACCAGAUCUUCACUACCAAGGCGCCCAAUUUUGGUAGCCGUCGCUUGUUCAUCGUCACAGACAAUGCCAAUCCCCAUGAAUCCGACAAGCAGGCGAGAUCUGCUGCUGCAGUGCGCGCCAAAGACCUGUAUGACCUGGGUGUUAUCAUCGACCUUUUCCCUAUUACACGCGGGGAUGAUAAGUUCGACCUUGGAAAGUUUUAUGAUGAUAUCAUUUACCGCGACCCAAUUGGAGAAGCCAACAUGUCCGAGAUUCGGACGUCAAAAUCGGGAGACGGUCUUACCUUGCUCAACUCCCUCACCUUGAACGUAAACUCGAAACAAACGGCGAAGAGAGCUCUUUUUUCGAACCUCCCUUUUGAGAUUGCACCUGGCCUGAGUAUAUCUGUCAAGGGAUACAACGUUGUCCACCGACAGACCCCGGCUAGGACGUGUUACAUCUGGCUGGAUGGCGAGAAACCACAGAUUGCUGCGGGCGAGACCACGAGAAUUGCCGAGGACAGCGCCAGGACCGUCGAAAAGCAAGACAUCAAGAAAGCCUACAAGUUUGGAGGCGAGUACGUAUACUUUACGCCAGAGGAGCAGAAAACUUUGAGGAAUUUUGGAUCGCCCGUCAUUCGCAUCAUCGGAUUCAAACCUAGAACAAUGCUUCCGAUGUGGGCAAGCGUGAAGAAGUCGACCUUCAUUUUCCCCAGCGAGGAAGGUUAUGUUGGAUCGACCCGAGUCUUCACCGCGCUCUGGCAGAAGCUGCUCAAGGAUGAUAAAGUUGGAAUUGCUUGGUGCAUCGUCCGGUCUAAUGCGCAGCCAAUACUUGCGGCGAUAAUUCCAUCCAAGGAGCGAUCUGACGACGAGUCGGGUACACCUUAUCUUCCUGCUGGACUCUGGAUCUAUCCACUGCCAUGCCAGGACGACUUGAGAGAUGUCAAGUCCUCAGGCGAGGUCGCCCAGAGCUCUGACGAGCUCAAGACGCAGAUGAGGACUAUUGUGCAGCAGCUUCAGCUCCCGAAGGCCAUGUACAACCCAACCAAGUAUCUGAACCCGUCAUUGCAAUGGCAUUACAAGAUCCUGCAAGCUCUCGCGCUGGAAGAAGAGGUCCCCGAGAAGGCAGAGGACACAACUGAACCCAAGUUUAAAGCCAUCAGCAAGAGGGCUGGCGGGUAUCUAGAGGAGUGGUCUGAGACGCUCGAGAAUGAAGCUGGCAGUGCCGCGUCGAAGAAGGCCCUGAAACGAGAAGCCGAUGACGACGAACUAGAUAGGCCAACGAAGAGGAGCAGGGCAACAUCGGAAAAACCAUCUGGUUCGUCACUCUCCAUGGCCCAGUUGAAGGCCUCCAUCGAGAGCGGAGGAAUUGUCAAGAUGACUGUAGCUCAGCUCAAAGAUUUACUGGGCGCGAAGGGUCUCAGCACGAGUGGCAGAAAAAUUGAAUUGGUCGAGAGGGUAGAGCAGUGGGUGGAGGAAAAUUCCAUCACGCCGCCACCAAGCGCUGAGGCUGACAAAGACAUCUGGCUGGGCGCACCCCCCUCAAGCCGCGGCCUGGUACUACAAACACCCCUGGGUCGCCAAUCCCACCAGCACCCGCACCCGCGUUCGCGCCGCCCGCGUCGUGAACAGCAGCCGACGCCGGCUUCAUUUGACGACGACUCGCUCGCCAGUUCAUCGCCGCAGCAGGAGCUAGAUUCAGCCGCCUACCUCGCCAGGCUUCUCCGUCUGGCCCGAUGUCGUCCAGGCUUCGCGCGACGCCGAAGCCACGCCAUGGCCGACUUCCUCGCAAGCUUCAACCUGGGCGCGCAAACUGCCACUCCGUCCAGUAACCGGCAAUGCCACUCCGUCGAAGACCUCCAGCUGCAUCUGCGCAGUGUCCUCGAUGCCAAGACGGCGCCGAACCGUGCCGAACAUGUGUCGAUGAUCAUGGAAUUGAGGGCGACGGUGCAGUUCACCAUCGCCCAGCCUCGAAUCGAGAAUCGUGAGGAUGAAGCCUCGAACAACAACAUCGAUCCGGCACUGGGAGGAGGUUCCUCGAUGCCUGCGCCCGAAGAACAGACCAGAGAGCAACCGCCACGGGUGGUGGAGGCCAACGAAGCGCUGGUGAACCAGCCACAGGACGACCCGAGUCUUCAGAGAUUAGUCGCAACGCACAUAAUCGAGGCUCUCGGCGCGAUAGACGGUAGUACCUGGGUCAACCGAGAGAUGUCGCGGGGGGCACAGACUUGGAAGUUUACAUUUGUGUGCAAUAAUUCCUUCCAGCAAUGGAGCCACCAGCACGCGAAGCACUCGACCAAGUUGGUCGUUGGCGAGUACAGCCAGAGGGAGCCAGACGCAACCCUUAGUAGUCGGCCGGCUUUCGAUUGUCGAGGCACAGUCAUGAUCGAGUUCGACCGAAAUAGCCGAGCCAUCAUCGUGAAAUACGACCACACGCCCCUGCACAGAACAGUGGCGGAGCUCUCUGAGUAUUUCAAGCCUGCUCCUCGUGUGCUUGGCCCGGGAGCUCAAAAGCAGCAGCAGCAGAAGACACCAAAGAAGCAAAAGGCCGACAAGAGAGCACAGGAUGAGCGGGGAAACCCCCGGAAGCGAAAGAGGAAGACUGACGGCGAUAGUCAACCCAUGUUGCCGGAAGCUUCAAUAAUGUCACUUCAGAAUCAUUCUGCGCAAGUGCCUGAAAAUGGACAAGCCCAAACCGCCCCUUCAUACCCCUUAGAUCGACAACCGCAAGAGGCGAGCUCAGGACAGAACCAACAGGCCACCACUGACUAUCCAGAAGAGCUACUGCAAGGAGAAUCGGUGUCGUCAACAAGUCAAUCACAGGCUCAAAAGGCUGACUCUCAGCCACCCUCUGGGGCGACCUUCCCAGUAAAAAUCUCAUCGACCGAGGCAGCGCGUCGUCGAGAGGCGGCCAUGGCAAUGCUCACUAAAGCCGGCGUGCCCCCAGAUUCGCUCUCGGCCGACCAGUUCAGUAUCUUCUCCAACCAAUCACCCGAACUUCAGAAGGAGUCGUUGGGUAUGCUUGUCAAAUAUGGUGCGGAGAGGCUGCGGAUUGUUCAUCCCAAUAACAAAGGGGGGGCAUCUUCUGCCCAGGCAAACACAUCGCCAGGUCGAAGCAGCCUGCCUACUCCGUCCGGACCCAUGACCACCAAGGAAUUGGUUCCACAAGGAGGAGGUUCCAGUGAUGCCGACACUGCAAACGGAUCUGCAGCAAACGUUGGAGACGAUGGAACGGCUGGCACCACACCUGAACCGACACCAACAGGGCGGCGGAAGCUAGGCAAAUCACGCAACGCCUGCUUCACAUGUAAGGGACGGAAAGUCAAGUGUCCUAGAGAACGACCUGUUUGCAGCGAGUGUACGGCGCAAGGCCUGGUAUGCGAAUUCGCGCCUCACGUACCGAGAAAGAAGAAGCCCAAAAAAAUGGUGCAAGAUGAAACGGCAGAAGAUGCAGAAGGAGACUACGUAGAAGACGAGGCUGACCAAGACGAUGCUGAGCCGCAUAUCCCUUCUCAGGAACAUUCGUCAUAUCCUCAGAUGUCUGAGAGUAACAUUCCUGCACUCGCCGUGGGUGCUCCAGCACAGGACCACCAUACUUCACAUGGCGACUACUUCCAUCCAAGCUCAGGCUCGGCCUUGACCCAGGACGAAGCACCCUCACUGGCGCAUCACAAUAUCACGGCAGAUCCGGGGCACACCUGCAAGACGAUAUCGGAACAGGUCCAGCAACUUGAGCACCACACGGUUCCAGCUGAGACGAAUGCAGUCCCUCCUACCCAUAACAGCUGGGGUGUGGGCGGUUCUGCGUCUCGUUCCCGACAUAAUCUUCCAUCUGAGCCCGUUCGUUCGGUGCCUCAAGACGUCCCCCCAGCGACCAACCAGCCCUCGUCAGAUUGGAAUACAAGCGCGAACAACAGCAGACCCGCAACAACAAUAGCCUCUGUAUCGCCACACAUGAUACAUCCUACGAUGCAUCAGAGACAUCAACCUGAAAAUCGCCACCAACCACCAGAUUCCGCUCCAGGUCCUGAUGGAUUGCAGGGCAUGCAGCAAAGCAUGUCAUGGGCACAGGCUGCGAUACAGUACCAGCACCAGCCGCCCGCUUCUUCUGCUGCUACAAUAACUCAGGGUAGAGUAUCCCCCUUCCAAGCCGCCGAGCCCCCCCGGGCCAAGUCGAGGCAGGGUCGCCGAGCUCAGUCGCGAACAUCAGUGGGUGACCAAACGGCAGCUGGGGGUUACCAGUCGCCUUAUACCCGGACUCAAACCAGAGCCAAUAAUUCUGGCAAUCACUCAUCGGAUAGGGGUGGAACUCCGAAACACAAUGAUUAUGGACGAUCUGGAGCUACCAACACGGUAGCGAGUAAGUCGAGCCAAAAGUCUGGUUAUGAACCAUACACGCAGUCACAGGCGGCUUCAAACUUAUCCCGGAUUGUCGAUCCUCCCAGCCGAGUUGCCAAGAUAGCGAUGUCGAUGUCUUCACAAGCCUCCUCAACAGUGGCCCCGUCUUACCAGACCUCGUCUUCGAACCAGCGGUCGGGUUCGCAACGCACAAACGACCCACCACACAGCUCUACGUCUACAUAUCAAAACCAAAAUACAUACUCACAGCCGUCUGGCACCAAGCCUGACUCUACUUCUCGACAGAGCUACAACACGCGAGCGAGUUCGCAGGCUACGCGCUCCGAGAACAAUUCUUUCAGCCACCAGCAACAGAGUUACUCGCAAUAUUCGGGCUCAACCCAACCUCAACAGCAGCAGAGCCAGACGAGCAACCAGUCGAACAGCCAGCACCAGAGCUGGUACGCAUAUAAUAAUCCGGGCACCAGUUCGUUUACAUCCGCCAACCAGUCAUCGGGGUAUAGCUGGAAGGCUCCAGACGAGAGUUGGUAGGGGGGCUAUGGUACAUAAGGCGACCGAAUGAAGGGACUGGACGCAUUGCGUAGGGCGUUGCGCACUUUGCUUUUAGUCCAUGGUUAAGAGGGUGACUUUUUCAUGGAUUUUGAUUCGCCAUGUUCCCAUGGUUCAUUUGCUCUGGGAAUCUUGAGCUGGGAUGCCGAUGAGGCUCGGCCGAUACGGAAUUGCAAUGUUUGCACUAGCGAUACCUUUUUUAGUCCCGUUAGUUUCCAGCGGGAAGGUGCAGGUUCUGAGAUUCAAUCAUGAUUAUCGUGGACAGAAGAAUAUGCGUAUUGAGUUGCGAUACUAAUUAUUAUCUCCCAUGGCGUGCAUCCAGCUUUUGCGCCGUCUAU